AUGUUGGCUGCUCGAUCCACGAGUUCGUUCAAACGUCGGCUACCAAUACAUCCAAUCAUAGCACGAAAAUUGAACACAUUGCGGCGGUCCUAUCUCUAUGUUCCGUCGUCGUCUGAACGUAUGCUUGAGAAAUCCCUCACCACCAAUUCAGACGUCAUCAUAUAUGAUUUGGAGGACAGCGUACCCCCUGAUCCUUCGGACAAGACCAGAGCUCGGUCAAAGCUCAAAGAUUUUCUAAGCAAGGAGCGGCACCCUGCUCCCAAUCACAUCGCCGUUAGAGUCAACGACGUCACCACACCCUUCUUCCAUGCUGAUAUAUGUGAAAUUGUCUCGAAUCCGUCUGUCACGACCCUCGUGCUUCCAAAAAUACAUUCAAAGGAGGAUUUGGACUACGCCUCUGAUGCAGUUCAAUCAGCUUUGCUAGGUUGCCAUCGGGACAAACCACUUAACAUCGUUCCCAGCAUAGAAAGUGCCAGAGCGAUGUGGAAUUUGGGAGAUAUUGCUAAAUGGAAGUCCAAGCAUGAAAUAAGCGCAUUGCUGUUUGCGGCAGAAGACUUCUGCGCCGAUACAUCGAUUAUCCGCACACAUUCUCGGCGAGAGUUACUCAAUCCCCGCUCUCAGAUUGUUAUCGCUGCCAAGGCUUUUGGGCUGGAUGCUAUUGACAUGGUUUGUGUGAAUUACAAGGAUUUGGAGACAUUGAAGGAUGAAUGCCGUGACGGGAGACACUUGGGCUUUACAGGGAAGCAAGCUAUCCACCCAUCUCAAGUGGAGACAAUCCAAGCCACAUUCGUUCCAACACACCAAGAGAUUCUGCGCGCCGCUAAAAUCCUGCGAUCCAUGGCUUUGGCACAUGCUUCCGAAAAGGGCGCUGUCGGACUGGAAGGAGAAAUGAUUGACGCGCCGAUGCUCAAACAGGCACAGAAAAUAAUCCUGUUGGCGGAAGCUGCAGGUCUCGAGAUUCCGAGUUUACUGGAGCCUGGGUUCAAUCCACCACCAAGUGGAGCAGGGUACCUCUAG